CAAUGUUUGUGCGGAAAGGCAAUCUAGUAUUAAACUCCUGCAAUCUAGCUCAACUGAAUGUGGAAGGAAGGAUUUCAUGCAUCACCGAAGUUGUAGGAGUUCUCGCGUGGAUGAUGAUGGAAUAAAAAUCCUAGAACGAAAAAUAAAGAGGCUGUUGGUGAUUGAUUUCAAACUGGAAAUUGGAGCAUUGAAAACCUUGCAGAUGGUUCGUACCUUCGGAGAAUUUCCUCGGGAUUUAGACGGUUGA